CACACACACACACACACACACACACACACACAUACACACAGAUCCAGUCACUGCUCUGUAUCUCCCACACUCUCCCUCCCUCCCUCCUUCCCUCUCUUGCUCUCUCACUCUCUCUCUCUCUCACUCCAUCCCUUUGGGCUCUGCAUCCUUCUUGCUUCUUCUCACAAGUCAGAUUGUGUUUGUAAGUACAGGCUGAAUGUCUCCCUGUGUAUGCCUGGGCUUCCUCAAGUCUUUUUGCAAGUGUGAGUGACUGCCUGUCUGCUUGAGUGUGACUGAGUGGAGCAGCGAGGUGUAUCAAGUGUAUGAGGGUCUCUGUCUCACCCUCACAUACACACCGUUCCUCCUGCAACUCUUCUCGGGAUCCUUGGAUCCCUUUCCUCCGCGACGGGCUCCCCACACAAAGCAGUCACCAUUUCCGCUCCCGGGAGACCCACGCUGGCAGCGCAGCCCCUUCCCCGACUCAGCAUCGGGAGGAAGACCCUGGUGGCGGCUGCCGUGGGGGUUAUGCUGGUCCUGGUGCUGGUGGUCCUCAUCCCCGUGCUCGUCAGCUCUGUGGGUACAGAUGCCAGCCACUAUGAGAUGCUGGGCACCUGUCGCAUGGUGUGUGACCCCUACCUGAACAAGGGAACGCCAGCCAGCAGCACCAGCUCCACCGGUCUACAGGCUGAGGCGGAGGCACUGAGCGACCACAGCAACGUGCUUCCACCCUCCACCUUACUGCAGGGCCCACAGGGGAAGCCUGGCAGGCCAGGCAAGCCCGGACCCCCUGGACCACCUGGACCGCCAGGAGAACCAGGGCCACCGGGACCUGCUGGGCCUCCUGGUGACAGAGGGGAUCAGGGAAGGACUGGGGUUUUGGGUCUGGAGGGAAAUGGAGCUAUCAGCACAGCCACCUACAGCACCGUGCCUCGGGUGGCUUUCUAUGCAGGGCUUAAAAACCCCCACGAAGGCUACGAGAUCCUCAAGUUUGACGACGUGGUCACCAACCUGGGCAACAACUACGAUGGCAUUUCGGGCAAGUUCAUCUGCAGCAUCCCGGGCACAUACUUCUUCAUCUACCAUGUGCUGAUGCGAGGAGGAGACGGCACCAGCAUGUGGGCAGACCUCUGCAAGAAUGGCCAGGUCCGUGCCAGUGCCAUCGCCCAAGACGCUGACCAGAACUACGACUACGCCUCCAACAGCGUCAUCCUCCAUCUGGACGCGGGCGACGAGGUUUACAUCAAACUGGACGGAGGCAAAGCCCAUGGAGGCAACAACAACAAGUAUAGCACCUUCUCUGGCUUCAUCCUCUACGCAGACUGAGACACAGACAGACGCAGAGACAGUCAGACAGGAAGGGAUUGAGAGAAGGAGUUGUACGAUGAGGGUGGGGGGGGGAGGGGUGUGUAUGUGUGUUAACAGCCGGAAUCCUUUCUAGUUUUCCUAAUUCUCUCCAUCAUCACGAACACCUCUGCUUCGUAUCCAUCAGCCAAGACACCCAGACUCUGUAGCCAAGUCUGGAUGCAAAGCUCCCCCGAGGGCACACUGGGAAGGGCCAGGUGGGCGGCGUGGGGAGGAAGCGGGCUGGAUUUUCUGCACUCCUAGACGUAACGCCGACGCGUCGGAACCUCCUUCCUCUCAGUGUCUCUCCUCUUCAGCCCCUGCUCCAUCGCACAGAAACACCAACGACGAAAAACGAAAAACCCAGCGAAUGUGGAUGGUCUUACCUCUUCUUUCCACAGUGGCGACGGUCAGCUGUACGGUCAGCGGACUCGACUGACUGAAACUUGUAGUGUUGUUCCGUGUAACUCUCCUUAGAUUGUGUUUUUAUUUGGUAGACCUGCAUAAUACUCGACACAACAAACAAAAAAAGAAAAGAAAAAAGAAUAUAUUUGUCCAGUGUGAAGAUAUCCUGUGUGAGUGAGAGAAUGGAUUUGUGAGACGUUACUUGUGAUGCAGCUCGGAAGUCGGCGGGUGUUUGUCCUCAUCACUGGUUAGAGCAAGGUUAUUAUAUAUACAUUGUUCAUGUGGGGAAUAACAAUAUAUUCUGCACUGUACCUUCAAAUGUAUCUGAAAACCGAAGCCUUUCAUUACAGAGAAUAAACUCUCACAAACACAACAGUGUUCUGCUGCCGUUUGGAUCAAAAGUAGAAUUCAAGUCAACUCUUUGAGGUUUGCUCGUUGUCCUCGUGUAAGAGGCUCGACUCGGCACAAGCAGCCAUGAAAUGAAGCAACGUGUGAGUUCAGUUUCCGUGGUCACGCGUCGCUCCUUCUUUCUUCCUCCUCACUGUGCCAACCUCCAAGCCUUCUUCUUCUUCUUCUUCUUCUUCUUCUUCUUCUUCUCUUGUGGUGCGGCAAAAAAAAAGAAAAAAAAGGGAUGUGGCUUCUGAAGGAAGUCACAAAGACAGAGAGAUCAAGAGCCGCACGUAAGCGAGACAGCGGGGAGGUAGAGAGGGGGAGGGGGGAGGGCACAGAAACAGUGAGUGGGCAAUUUCUCUGUUUCAGUGUCUCCGAGCAUCACUGGAUGUCGUCCAUUCAUUAGCUGCAUAUUCACUGACACACUGGAAUUAUGGUAAUAUUUACUCAACGUGGCGGCCUGACAGCUUGCUUGAGAAUGAAACUGAUUGGGUGAUUGACUCAGCCUAUUAUGACUGCACGUUUGUGUGUGUGUGUGUGUGUCUCUGUGAGUGUGUGUGAGAGUCUGGUGCGUGCCUGUUUGCACGGGGGAGUGCGUAUGUGUGUGUGUGUGUGUCCGUGCAUACCAGUGAGCGUUUGCAUUCUAGCAUGUGCCGUGCCAUAGCGACAUUGUUCUUUUUUUUCCGAGUUAUUCUGUGCUACAGCCAAUGACACAUAUUUUACUCAGCAGCCAAUGAGAUUGUGCUCUGUGGGGCGGGGAGGAGAACAUAUAUAUAGAUAUGAUGAGAAGAAACAAACAGCUUGUAAAUGAAAAAUCUAUGACAUGUUUGUCUAUCUUAUCUUUUGGAAUUGUUGAAUACAUUUAAAUAAUAAAUGGGAUUUUUUUGA